AUGAGAUGGUUAUUGAUUUUGAAUUGGGUUUGUUUGGUGAGAAGCGCUUAUAAACCGCCGGAGCAAUGUUUUUUCUGCGUCAGCGAUCAGGAGGAAGAUUGUGUGCGCGGACAGGCUGCAAUGAAAUGGGACAAAAUGGGAUGCAGUGAUGAGCAUUUCGACACAGAGUGCCGAACAAUGGAAGGAAUCCAGGUCACUCUCGGAAGCGAACCAGACAACAACGAAAAGAUCAUCGAAAUAUGCGGCAAGCGUCUCGGCCAAUGCCAACCCCACUUUACCUCAACGAAUCACAUUGAAAUGAGAAUGUGUUGUCUUGACUGCGACUUCACAAACAGUACAAUGAAGUUCACGAAAGAAAUCAACCCCGCUCAGGAUCGAAGAAAAAUGCGAGUCAAAGUCGUCCUCGGCAUUUUUGCCGUGUUCUUCCUUUUAGCAUUUACUGGAUACGCUGCUCAUAAGAAUUUCUUCAUCAAAAGAAGAGAAGUCCGCCCGGUUACCGAAGCUGAUUACUUCAAAUAA